AAACCCUCUCUCCGCCCCUGUGUUCACCGGUUGACCUGACCGGUAGCAGUUUGAAUUGCAUCAUCCUGUAAAAGCACUUUUUGUUUUUAAUUAAAAUCUGAUGCAAUUUGAUUCAAGAUUUUAACUGAAGCUAAUUACACGUAAUUAAGCGGCCGUUUUGACUUAUCCAUAGUACACAAUGAAUUCCAAUUUAAAGGCGAACGAGAUUCGCAACAUUUUCAUCGACUUCUUUAAAUCAAAAGACCACAACUAUGUCCAUUCAUCGUCGACGAUACCUUUGGACGAUCCGACGUUAUUGUUUGCGAACGCCGGGAUGAAUCAAUUCAAGCCAAUCUUUUUGGGUACGGUAGACCCGAAUAGUGAUCUGUCCAGGUUGACACGCGCCGUUAAUACGCAGAAGUGCAUCCGUGCGGGUGGUAAGCAUAAUGAUCUGGAUGAUGUCGGUAAAGACGUAUAUCAUCACACUUUCUUUGAAAUGUUGGGAAAUUGGUCGUUUGGUGAUUAUUUCAAGACGGAAAUCUGCUCCUGGGCUUGGGAGUUACUGACUAAAGUUUUAAAAUUACCAUCUGACCGUUUGUAUGUCACCUACUUUGGUGGCGAUCGGUCACAGGGCUUGGAACCGGACGAAGAGUGUCGGAAGAUAUGGUUAAAACUGGGUGUAAAGCCUUCGCAUGUUCUUCCGGGCAGUAUGAAGGAUAACUUUUGGGAGAUGGGCGAGACUGGUCCCUGUGGUCCAUGUUCCGAACUCCACUUUGACCGUAUUGGAAACAGAUCUGUACCGGAACUCGUGAAUCAAGAUGACCCUGAUGUGCUCGAAAUCUGGAAUCUGGUCUUCAUUCAGUAUAACCGCGAAUCGGACGGUACCCUGAAGAGCUUGCCUAAGAAGCAUAUCGACUGUGGCUUAGGUUUCGAGAGGUUGGUCUCGGUUAUUCAAGGAAAACGUUCGAAUUACGACACCGACAUUUUCGUGCCCAUAUUCGACGCAAUUCAGAAGGGCACGGGCGCACCUCCUUACCAGGGCCGUGUCGGUAAAGACGACGCCGAAGGUAUUGAUAUGGCCUACCGUGUCUUGGCAGAUCACGCUAGAACUAUUACCAUUGCGCUGUCGGAUGGAGGUAAUCCCGAUAAUACCGGUCGUGGGUAUGUGUUGCGGCGAAUUUUACGCAGAGCCGUUCGGUAUGCUACCGAAAAGCUGAAUGCGAAACCGGGAUUUUUCGGUAGUCUGGUGCAUACGGUUGUUGCGAUUUUGGGUGACGUUUUUCCGGAGGUGAGGAAAGAUCCACAGAGUGUUAUCGAUAUGAUUAAUGAGGAGGAGGAGCAGUUUCUUAAAACUCUCAGUAGGGGGCGCAAUUUGUUAAAUCGUACCAUAAACAAAUUGGGUGACUGUAAGAUGUUACCCGGUGAUUUGGCGUGGCGAUUAUAUGAUACGUAUGGUUUUCCUGUUGAUCUAACCCAGUUAAUGGCAGAGGAACGUCAGCUUACAAUUGAUAUGGCUAGUUACGAGGAAGCAAAGAAGCAGGCUCAGCUGAUAUCCCAAGGGCGGGGGGCGGGUGUAGAGGAUACCAUCAAUUUGGACGUCCAUGCCAUAAUGGAGUUGCAAAACCAAGGCAUACCACCGACUGACGACUCCUUUAAGUAUGGUUACACUGCGAGUGACGAUUUAAAUUGCGAAUACAGCUUUGAGGCCUGCCAAGGUAAAAUUAUAGCGUUAAGAUUUAACAAGCAGUUCGUAAAUGAAGUCACAUCUGGGCAAGAAUGUGCGGUUUUAUUGGACAAAACCUGUUUCUAUGCCGAACAAGGUGGCCAAAUAUACGACGAGGGUUUCAUGGUUAAAGUUGGGGACGAAGAAGUGGAAUUUGCAAUUAAAAAUGUCCAAGUAAGGGGCGGGUACGUUAUUCACAUCGGCACUGUUGAAGGGGUACUUAAAAAGGGGGACACAAUGCUGUUACACCUCGAUAAAUCUCGUCGCCGUCUGAUUAUGAAUAAUCACACAGGCACUCACGUCCUCAAUUACGCACUGAGGAAAGUUGUGGGUCAUGAAGCCGAGCAGAAGGGUUCUCUCGUUGCCCCGGACCGUCUGCGAUUUGAUUUCAGCAAUAAAGGUGCCAUGACAACGGCUCAAGUAAAGGACACUGAAAUCUAUUCGAAAGAACUAAUAGCGAAAAAUGGAAAAGUAUACGCCAAGGAAACCCCUCUAGGCACUGCCAAGUCAGUCAAUGGCUUAAGAGCCGUGUUCGACGAAACCUAUCCAGACCCAGUUCGUGUGGUGUCAAUUGGCGUUCCCGUCGAGACUCUAGAAGCAGACCCUUUCGGCCCGGCCGGUAUGGACACUUCGGUCGAAUUCUGCGGAGGAACGCAUUUGCACUACGCAGGUCAUAUUGGCGACUUUGUAAUUGCGAGUGAGGAGGCGAUUGCCAAGGGAAUUCGUCGGAUAGUCGCACUCACGGGACCCGAGGCGACUCGUGCGCUUAACCGAACCGAAAUGCUCGAAAACCGGCUUAACACGAUCAAGGCAACCGUCGAGGAGGACAAAUCGAGCGAUCGUUCCAAAGAGCAUGUCCGCAAAAUUGUCGAGCUCACCGAAGAAAUUUCUCACGCCACCAUACCUUACUGGAAAAAAGAUGAACUGCGCAACACCUUGAAGGCCUUAAAAAAACUGUUGGAUGACAAAGAGCGCGCGCACAACGCGGCCAUCGCCAAUCGCGUCGUGGAGGAGGCCAAAGCAGUCAUAGAAGCCAAUCUUAACGUUCCAUUCUUAGUGCACGAAUUUCAAGCGUUCUCGAAUACGAAAGCGUUAGACUCCGCCUUAAAGCAAGUGAAACUCUUAAGUCCGACCACAUCCGCCAUGUUUUUUACUGUAGAUCCUGAAGCAAAGAAGAUUUUCUGUUUAUGUUCAGUCUCGAAAGAAGGUCUUCAGAGAGGAUUAAAAGCAAAUGAAUGGGUCAUUCCGAUAGCCGCGAUUAUGAUGGGUAAAGGAGGCGGAAAGGCUGAAUCUGCACAAGCUUCUGGUCAUAACGUUAAAUGUCGCUGGCAAGCUGUAGAAAUGGCAAAGGCAUUUGCCGACACUAUAUUUACAUAAUUUCUUCUAUCUCAUUUUAACUUACCUUUUGGGUAGGUGAAAUGUUCUAUAAUACCGUAACUAUUGUAACGUUGAAUAUACAAUAAAUCGAAUUUAUUAACAAUAA